AGUGGAGUGAAAAGUGAGAGCAUCAAAAUGAUGAAAUUCCAAUUCCUCCACAAAUUUUCUGAUUCGAUCAUCAAAAGGGGGAUUCUGAGGGUUUCGUUGUAUUCGAGUGAGAGAUCGCCCAAUCUGUACGAGAGGCUUCUCAAAUGUCAUCGCGAGAGGAUUUCGGUGAUUCCGGUUCUCGACGAAUGGGUCGCUCAAGUUGGAGAUAUACGCCAGCAAACACUCGAACUGUUCAUCAGAAUGUUCAGAGCACGCCGUCGUUUCUGGCCUGCCCUUCAUAUAAUUGAAUGGAUGAAUCGUAGCAGGAAUCAGUUUGUAAUGACCCCACAACUCGCUGCGGUUCACCUAGAUCUAUUGUUUAAGUUUUAUGGCAUAGAGCAAGCAGAGAAAUAUUUCAAUGAACUCGACGACGUUUUACUGGAUUAUCCAGUUUAUGUAGCUCUUUUGAACUGCUAUGCCGAGGCGAAAUACGUAGAGAAAGCAGAGGCAAUCAUGGGAUAUAUUAGGAAGUUCAAGUCCCGCUCUACUCUGCCUUACAAUGUAAUGCUGAGUCUUUACAACAGGAAGCGGGAGCACGAGAAGCUCGAGGCAUUGACACGAGAGAUGCGAGAUGAGGGGAUUGUUUACAACAGGAACACUUAUGGAAUCUUGUUAAAAACAUACGCACGUUGUGAUGUAGAGCGGAUGGAGAAGCUUUUGGUGAGGAUGGAGAUAGAUGACUGGGACUAUGUCGAUUUUGAUACUUAUGCUACAGCGGUUAAAGGGUAUCUCGAAGCUGGUGCUUCGGAGAAGGCUUAUGCGCUCUUGAGGAAAGCCGAGAGCUUGACUGGAGUUCAUGGAAGAAGUAGCGCGUAUCUGACUAUGAUAAAUUACUAUGCUGCAAUGCAGAGAAAAGAAGAUGUGUAUCGCGUAUGGAAUCUGCUUCCGGACUUUGCUGAGUUAUCGAAGAACUACUAUUAUACUAUGAUAAGCUCAUUGGCGAAGUUGGAUGACCUUGAUGGUGCCAGAAAGAUCUUGGAGGAAUGGGAGAGAACGAACGCAGCUGCUUCUUAUAUUGAGAUGACGAACCUGGUCAUCCGUGCUUACUGCAAGAAGGGUGAUGUAGGAGACGCUGAGAUUAUUCUGAAGCGAGCCAUGGAUACUGGGAAGGAGCCCAAUGCACUAACGUUUAGUCAUAUGGCGCUCGGAUACUUCAAAGAUGGGCAGAUGGAGAAGGCCGUGGAGUUUACAACCAAGGCGUUUGUGGCCAGUUUGCCCAGCUGGAAACCUAACCUCAUUGUAGUAUCGGCCUGCUUAGAAUAUCUGCAAAAGAAAGGAGAUGCAGAUGGAAUGCAAGAAAUGUUAAUGCUUCUGGAGAAGUACGGCAGUUCCUCAGACGACGCCAAGGAGAUCAUAGAAAGAUUCUCGAGCAACGGGAAGCCACAGACUGAAAAUCAGAACAAGACAGCAGCUAGGGAGGACUUUUACAUCCCAUUAUUCACCUCAACUGCUGGUGGCAAAAAUAGCUGACCCUCAUUCACAGAGCCUGGUGGAAUUUUGAAUUCGGCCGUUUCAGUAAUUCUGGCAAGAAAUGCACAAGAUGAAGAAGGUAUGCUCCCCAAUUCUUCUUCGUUGAUGUUCAUUUGUGAUAGAGAUGGGAAGCCUUCAACAAUUUAGAAUGAAACACUGAAACUUGUAUCUUUCUUCAUUGAGAAAAUGAAUUCUGCCUGUAGCCAUUUGGCAUUUGAGUUGGAAAGAAUCAAUCAAUUGAAGUUUUGGUACA